GGCCUGGAGGCAGUGCUCAGCCCCGGAGCCGCUGCCCAGCUCUUUGCAGAGAGCACUGGCCGGGGUGACAGCUGGUGACAGCUUGCUGCGCGCGCUCCAUGCUCCUGGGAAGACUCCCAGCUCAGGUAAAGCCGAAAUCUGUACUCAGCAUCCAAGAUGGCGCCACCCAAAUUGCAAAUGCUUUUCUACCUCUGCUGUUGCCUCUCACUGGCUCAUCCUUUUUCCUGGCAAGACCUAAAUCCUGUUGCCAGUUUCAAGCCAUCAGUGUGGCUCUAUAAAAUACAAGCUCUGAUGAUGGCUGCAAGUUUUGGACAUGCUAAAAUUCCCAAAGGACAUGGACCUUAUCCCGUUGGUUGUACGGACUUGAUGGUUGGUUACACCAAUGAGAGUACCUUCUUGCGCUUAUAUUAUCCAUCUGAAGUUCACGGCCACUCUGACACCAUUUGGAUUCCAAAUAAACAAUAUUUUGGGGGUCUUGCUAAAUUUCUUGGAACAAAGGACUUCCUGGGUACAAUGCUGUGGUACAUCUAUGGUUCAACAAAAAUUUCUGCCAAGUGGAAUGCUCCUCUGAGAACUGGCAAAAAAUAUCCACUCAUUGUGUUUUCUCAUGGCCUGGGGGCAUUCAGGACGAUUUACGCGGCCAUUGGCACUGACCUGGCGUCUCACGGGUUCCUCGUGGCUGCUGUGGAGCACAGGGACGGAUCUGCAUCUGCGACUUACUAUUUUGAGGACCAACAUGCUGCAGAGUUGGGAAAUAAGACCUGGCUUUACUUUAAGACCCUAACCUGGGAGGAGGGAAAGAUUAUACGAAAGCAACAGGUGCAGCAAAGAGCAAAGGAAUGCUCGCGGGCUCUCAGCUUGAUUCUUGACAUCGACCAGGGAAAGCCAGUGAAGAAUGAAUUGGGUUUAGACUUCGAUGUGAAACAACUGAAGGAUUCUAUUGAUAGGGAUAAAAUUGCAGUUGUCGGACAUUCUUUUGGUGGAGCAACAGCUAUUCAAGCUCUUAGUGAAGACCACAGAUUCAGAUGUGGCAUCGCACUUGACGCAUGGAUGUUUCCAUUGAGUGAUGAUCUGUAUUCCAAAAUCACACAGCCCCUCUUCUUCAUCAACUCGGAACGAUUCCAAACUUACAAUGACACCAAGAAAAUAAAAACAUUCUUCCUGCCUGGUACAGAAAGAAAGAUUAUUGCAAUCAGGGGUUCAGUGCAUCAGAAUUUUGCCGACUUCACUUUUGCAACGGGUAAAAUCCUUGGGCAGAAACUUACAUUGAAAGGCAACCUGGACUCAAAUGUAGUGAUGGACCUCAACAACAAAGCCUCCUUAGCAUUCUUGCAAAAGUAUUUAGGACUUGAAAAAGACUUUGAUCAAUGGGACCCGCUGAUGGAAGGAGAUGAUGUAAACCUUAUUCCAGGCUUCCCACUUGACACAACCACCACCCAAGCCUCCAUGGACAAAUAGAAUUUAUUUUAAGGGGGGUGGGCAGGGAAGGAGGGAAGGGAAGAGAGUUAAUUUUUUAAUCUUAAAAAGGCAAGCCGUAUUAGAAUAGUGAUUGGGACUCAGGCUAAGAUUUUUUUUUCUUUAACUGUAACAAAUAUACCAGCCCCAAUUGUAAUUUUACUAAAAUGAUCUUUUUUUAUAUAUAGUACCAAAAUUUAAAACUGCUUUUGUAUGGCUUUAAUGGGAGAGUUUAUUAAAAAGAUACAGUGCCAAUGGUAAACAGUUGGGAUGCUGCAAGAUUCCUUAAACA